AAUAGUUUAUCAAACGCAACUAUGUUAACUUGAUUUAUUUUAAACUAAUGAUUUAUGAAAUGAGACAGCAGUUUUCAAAAGUGUUCUUUAAUUGUAAUUUAUAUCAAUGUCCGACUAAAAAAGAAAAAGCUAAAUGGGGAAAGCACAGGAGUCGACGAUUUUAUCAAUUUGUAAAUAAAUAAAUGCGUGUGCGCAUGCGUGAACAUGUAGGACAGUGAUUUUUUUCUGGCAGAGAGAUUCUACCAAAAACAUAGAAUAUAAUGGACUUUGUGUGAAAAAUCUUAGCUAAACAUAUAACAACCAUGGAUCCCCGUUCUACUGCCCAGGAUGUGAACCGAUGUGACCUUUGUGAGACCGCCAUAGUACACAGCUACUGUGACUUUUGUCAUGUCAACCUCUGCAAGCCCUGUGUAGUGGAUCACAUCUCAGAUGAAUAUGACAAACAUAAAAUAGUUCCUUUCCAGAAACGAAGAUCAACCCUUAUUCAUUCGAAAUGUGAAACACAUCCACACAGAAAUUGUGAAUUCCAGUGCAAGGAUUGCAACAAUAUGUUUGUUUGUUCUUCCUGCAUGGCAUCUAAACAGCAUAAGGGACAUAACUUCGUAGAUGUUACAGAAGUUUACAAAGCUAAGAAAGAUGACAUUAAAAAAGAUACAAAAGAGUUAGAAAAUCAUAUUUCCCCUACAUAUGAAGAAAUUGCGCUCGACUUAGAUAAUCAGCUUGCCAACCUAGAUGGGGGAUAUGAUAAACUUACAACAACAAUAUCCAAACAAGGAGAGCAAUGGCACAGAGAAAUCGACAUAGUUAUAAAUAAGAUGAAAACCGAAAUCAGCGACAUAAAAGUGAAACACAAAGAACUUUUACAGAAACAUUUGAAUGAAAUCAAACAGAUACAGUCUCUCAUAAAAAAAACAUUACAUGCCUUAAGAAAAAUUGAGAAAUCCACUGAAGUAUCCCCUAUCAUUGAAUACAGCUCGAAGAUCAGAGAGUUCAGCAAGUUUCCACCCAAGGUUCAUGUAUCAAUGCCAACAUUCAUUCCAAAACCAAUAGACCAUGACAAACUGUAUACUUUCUUUGGACAGAUCGUGGAUGACAAGGAUGGUAUGUACAUCAACAAGAAAGGAGAGGAUGAUCAUAUAUUCUUUGAACCGCUGAUUCAGCUCCCAGAAAAAGUGGAUGAGGUCACUGGUGAAAAAGAUGAGAAUGUUUUGUUCGAGCAUCGAGCGAAACUUUUCCGCUUUCACAAAAAGGAAUGGAAGGAAAGAGGUCUUGGUGAUAUCAAAAUUUUAGAAAACAAAGCUUCAAAGAAAAUCCGGGUCCUGAUGAGGCGAGAACAAAUACUGAAGAUCUGUUGCAAUCAUUACAUCACAGACAAACUUAACUUGAAGCCAAUGCUAAACUCUAAUGGAAAAGCCUGGACUUGGUAUGUCAUGGACCACUCUGAUGAUAAGCCAAAGUGUGAGCAGUUCUCUGUCCGUUUCAAAACCCCAGAAAUUGCGAAUAAAUUCAAAGAAGCCUUUGACAAUGCUAAAAAGAAGCUGUCUGGAUUGGUGUCCACCGAGAAAACGCCCAGUUCUUCAGCAGCCUCGGGCACUUCCUCCAGACCACCAGCAAUCCUACAUACUUUGUUGAGUGAGGAUGACCAUGUGAUUUAUAUAAAGAAAGAAAUGGCCACCCCAGCUCAGGUCGAAAUGGCUCGGAAAUUCAAGUUACCUGACCACUUUUACCUGUAUGAAAAUGCCCCUCCUUGUCCUGGGUGUAUAGGAUGUGAGGGUUACAAGGAAGGCACCAAGAUCACACAGAAAACCAAGUCUCCUUCACCAAAGAAAAAUCAAGAUAAAAAUGUGGUUUCCAAGAGAGCAGACACUGACUCUUCAUCCUCUGGAGGACUUUUUGGUGCCUCAGCUGCUCCCCCUGGUGGAUUAUUCAGUUCCCUUGCAGCCGGGGGAGGGGAUUCCAAGAAGACUACAGGGUUGCUUGGUCAGCCACUGUUUGGAGGUGGGGGAGUUUCCUUCUUCUCGUUCUCUGGGCUAGCAGCUAAUGUAGACACUCAGCCCGCUGCUUUCAAGAAAGAUGACAGUAAGCCAUUCAGCUGGUCGCGGGCCGGUCAGAAGCUGUUCAAUCGGGAGAAGGGAGAGGAGGAUGGGGAGGAGGUGACCCAGGGAUACGACCCUCACUUUAAGCCGGUGGUUCCCCUCCCCGACCUAGUGGAGGUCAAAACAGGGGAAGACGAUUUUGAAAAGCUGUUUUCCCAUCGGGCAAAACUGUUCCGUUAUGAAAAGGACACAAAUCAGUGGAAAGAAAAGGGAAUCGGAGAAAUGAAAAUUCUAAGACACAACGGCACUGGACAAUGCAGGCUGCUUCUGCGAAGAGAGCAGGUCUAUAAGCUUGCUUGUAAUCAGUGGUUAACCGCUGAUCUAAAAUUCAAACGAAUGUUGACCUCAGAGACAGCUUGGUGUUGGGUGGGUCAGGAUUUCAGUGACAAUGAAGCUAAAUUAGAGCAACUUGCUGUAAAAUUCAAGAGUACUGACCUAGCAAAAGAAUUCAAGGAUAAAAUCGAUGAAUGUCAGAAAAAUUUGAUUGAGAAUCCACCAACAGUGUCAGCGUAGCUUAGCAAUCAGGAACCACAUCUCAGGAAAUUCCAGAAGAAGAACAUGGCAGUGAUGAUAAAGAUGAUGAUGAGGGAGGUAUAGAAUAGGCUAGUUUUUAUAUACUAUAACCAGGCACUAUAACCAUGAUGUGCGCAUGCGUGAACCAACUUUUCAUCGGGAUCGGUAAACAAUUUGAAGGAAAUUCGAAAGCUAUUUGGAGGAACCUCGAAGUGAUAUAAGUACAAUUCAGUAAAGCGAUUUUUAUAUGAAAAGUUCAUUAAAAGUGAUAAAAAUGUUAUGUACAUUAGAUUUUACACCAAAAACUUUAAUAAAUAAUUGAGAGAACACUAAAAAGCAGUG